AUGACUAGUGAUGAUACUAUAGAAAUUGAGGACUUGCAAAAGCGUUUAGCAUCUAAAUUUGAGAUGAAAGAUUUGGGUAAUCUGACAUAUUUUCUAAGAGUGGAAGUCACUCGAUAUAAACAUGACUUGUUUCUUUCACAAAUGAAGCAUGUCAUGGACCUGCUAGAAGAUACUGGGAUGUUUGACUGUAAACCAAAUGAGACACCUAUUGUUGAGAAUCAUAAACUUGAGGUUUAUGUGGAUCACGUGCCAACUAACAAGGAAAGAUACCAUAGGUUGGUUGAGAGAUUAAACUAUUUAUCACUUACACGCCCUGAUAUUGCCUAUGCGGUAAGUGUUUCUAGCCAAUUUAUCCAUUCACCUAGUGAGGAUCAUAUGGUUACUGUAAUGCGUAUUCUGAGUUACUUAAAGUCUGCUCAUAGGAGAAGUUUAUUAUUUAAGAUAAAUGAACACUUGGAUCCAAAAAGUUACACUGGCACAUAUUAUGCUAUUACUAAUAGACGUUAUAUAUUAGGUUACUUCACCUUUAUUGGUGGUAACCUAGUUAUGUGGCAUAGCAAGAAGCAAAAUGUUGUAUCUCGAUCCUCUGUAGAGUCUGAGUACAGAGAGAUUGUCCAGGGGGUAUGUGAAAUAUUGUGGUUGAGGUGGUUACUUGCUGAAAUUGGAUUUAGAUCGAAUGCUGCUACAAAGCUCCACUGUGAUAGUCAAUCUACAUUUGAAAUUGCUAACAAUCCAGUGUAA